GUUCACAGUUUUGUUCAAUUUUGUGGCGAUGCAGAUGUGCGGAUAAUCCUUUUUGAACAGUUUAAUGAGACGAUCACUCAGUUUGGGGAUGUAAAGGAGAGAUCUGUAAGCAAUGUUUAUGCUGGGUGUUAUGCUGGUUGUGCUUGCUAAGGUGACCAUAUCCUGAAGGUUGUUUGCCGUGGAUGGUGCAUUGCUGGCUUGAUGUGGUUGCUGAGAGGACGGCGGUGGGGCUGUUGGCUGUGGAGCUGUUGUGGGUGGAGGUGCUGGUGGUGGCAGUGUGAUAGCUGAAGGAUGGACAACUUCUUGUUGCCUAGAAUGGUACAGGUUGAUGAGCCGAGACCCCAGGGUUCGUGGGUAGCUAUUAGCCUGUAGGUGUUUGUGAAUGAUGGUGUUUACGUUUGUCACCUCUGGGUUAGAUGUUAAAGAGGUAACGCGGUGAAUAAAAUUGUUGGCUACAUUAAUUUUGUGUUUGUAUUGAUGGUAAGAAUGGAAAUUUAGCAUUCUCCCAGAUGAGAUAGGUUUGCUAUACCAUUCGGUGAAAAGUGAUUGAUCCUCCUGUCGAUUUAUCAGCAAGUCCAGAAAUGGUAGUUUGCGGUCUUGUUCUAUUUCAAUGGUGAACUGAAUUCGGUCCUCCUGGCUGUUAAAGGUGUCUAGUACGGUGUCGAUGGAAUCUUUUGGGAUGAUGAGAAACAGAUCGUCUACAUAUUUGCGUAGAAUAGGGACUUCAAAGGGAAGGUGGCUUAAUGCAUUAUGGAUGAUUGAUUCGAGUACUAUAUCGGCUAAUAUUGGGGACAAAGGAGAGCCCAUAGCUGUUCCGUAUGUCUGGCAACAAGAAGUUGUCCAUCCUUCAGCUAUCACACUGCCACCACCAGCACCUCCACCCACAACAGCUCCACAGCCAACAGCCCCACCGCCGUCCUCUCAGCAACCACAUCAAGCCAGCAAUGCACCAUCCACGGCAAACAACCUUCAGGAUAUGGUCACCUUAGCAAGCACAACCAGCAUAACACCCAGCAUAAACAUUGCUUACAGAUCUCUCCUUUACAUCCCCAAACUGAGUGAUCGUCUCAUUAAACUGUUCAAAAAGGAUUAUCCGCACAUCUGCAUCGGCACAAAAUUGAACAAAACUGUGAACAGCUUCCACAGUCAAGUUAAGGAUCCUACAAAUAAAAACGAAAACAGCAACAUUAUUUAUAAAAUUCCGUGCAGCGGCUGUAACAGCAGCUACAUUGGAAUGACUUCAAACAAAUUAAAAACCAGACUCUACGGACAUGCAUCGAACGUAAACAAACUCAACCAGAUACUAAAUGCGGACACACAGACAAACUACCAGUUAUCCGAGCUAAGAGAGAAAACCGCUCUCAUUGAGCAUUGCAUCGACACAGAACACAGAUUCGACUUAGAGAAUACAUGCAUAAUAGAUAGAUCGAAACACACAGCUUCACUGCCAUUUUUAGAAAUGUGUCACAUCUACUGUACACCACACAUAGUGAACCGCCGUAUUGAUGUGGACAACCUCAACACAGCAUACGCGGGGAUCUUACACAAACUUAAAAGCCUAAAUGAAGAUGGUAUAACAGUUAACUGAACAGAAACACAAGUUAAAACCGCCACACUACUCCGACAGUGAAAAUAAAUUCCUCCCACCACCAAACUUAUAAACGUAAGCAUUAAAGUGUAUUUCGAUGUUUAGGCUAGUUUUUUCAUGUUGUUUCAAUUUGUUUAGAUUGUCCAAUGAUAAAAAAUUUUUAAAAUUAGUGACUAGUGAACUUUAAAUGCAACCACCUGACGUAGUCCGAUAAUCAUCAUUGUAAGUCGAGGGAAAAAGUUUUGUA